AUGGCGAAAAGCGCAAGAGCCAGCAGAACCAAGGCGAACAACCAAGCUCUGAAGAAGAAAGUCUUCGGUCCCGUCGAAACAGCCAGAAAUGAAAGACUGAACGCCAAACUGCUCGAGCUCGCCCAGCAGCCCAAAGAAAAGAUGGAAGUAGAGCAGGAAGAGCCUGCAGAAACCACCACAGCCAAAGACAGCGAACCAGCCGGCGACAUGGACCUGGACGAAUCCACCGGCCGACCCCAGCGAAGCAAGCGCGAGAUCAAGCGGUUGCAAGACCAAGCCAGGACCCAGCGAGUCGAGAAGAACAAGCGCAAGAAGCCUCGCAAUCAGGUUACAUUUCCUUCGCGUAAGAAGAAGGGCGGGAAGAAGUGA